AUGGCACUGGACGGCAGCAGGAUUCCUGCCUGGCGCCGACUGGGACUGGGCCUGAAGAACGAGGCUCAAUCCGGAGUCACCGCAAGUGACGUGCCUGAAGCUGCCCGUGGCCAGGUGCAGCCGCUCACAAUCAAUGAUGAACCGGAGAGCAUUCAAAACGACUCUCACUUUGCCAUCACGCCUGCCGCAAAUGGAACACCCUCAAAGCUUGGUAAGCGAAAACACCAACACGACCCAGCAGAAGACCAUGGCCAACCCCCAAAGAAGACCAAGGAUACCCAUUUGAACGGGGACUCGGCCACCGAAACGCCGAUAAUCCCCAUCGCAGACAAUGCAGCCGCAGACGCCACCCCAGAAGAAGCACCAGCAUCAGAGCAACAACCCAAAGGAGAUCCCAACUAUCGCAAGAAAAAGGCAAAAUCAGAUCGCAAGAAGAAAAUCAAAGCCGACUUGCCAGUCGAGCCAAAACCCACCAAGAAGCAGCCAGACUUUGAGCGUGCCGCCAAUCCAGCUCCCUCACCUGAUGGGCUUGUGACAAGGAGAAAGCAGCCGACUUUACUUGCGUCCAUCGAAACAGACAACACAACUUUGCCUCCAAUGUCAACACCCCAAAGACAUCAGCACGCAAACAGGAUCGCCAGCAAAGAUAUCUCAGGCUCACCCUCACGGACUGGUCGUCGAAAAUCUGUCACGUUCACUCCGGACACGAAGAAGGUGGAUGGCUGCAGUGGACAGGAUUUGUUCAAGAAGUGGGUUGCAGACUUGAAAGGCGCGCCAUCUGCGUCUACUGAACCUGUAUCACAACCCGUGAUUGCCGACGAGAUCGAGGCGAAGAAACUCGACAAGAAAGAAAAGGACGAGAAAAAGUCAAAGGAAGCGACGCCGACCGCAGCAAAAACAGCAUCAGAGACAGCCAAGUCAGCUCCUCCAGACACUAAGAAGAACCCCAUCACCACGACACCAGAUACGUCCAAGGGCAAGAAGAAGGAUCCUUCCAUCUACAUCUCAUAUCUCACGCAAUACUACACCGAUCGCUCAAACUGGAAAUUCAACAAAGCCAAGCAAAACGACGUGGUGGACAACGCUUUGAACAUCUUCCGCAUACCCGACGAGCACUCGGAAGCCCUACUCGAGUACAUCAAAGGUCUCCAAGGUGCUGGCGUAAUCGAGCGUCUCAAAGAGCGCUGUCUUUCCACUGUUACCGAGCUCAACGAGCAAGACGCUCAAGACUCAUCUAUGGACGACCCCGAAGCCCGCAAAGCAGCCCAAGACGAAGCUCUACAAGAGCGCGUGGCCAAGGAGCAGAAACGCCGGAAAGUUGAGGGCGAUGUGGAAGCACUGGUGGGCCAUCCUCACGGCGACGCAUAUGUUCGUCGCUUGCGACGGAGUCGUGCUGAGGCGCUCUUGACGGCGCUUGGACGAACCGCGCCCAUAUUGCCAGCUACCCAGACAAAUAGUAUCAACCCGAUAGUCAAGGACCUCGCACCGCCAGUGAGGGAUUCGAAAAAGCGCAAACGCAGAGGCGAUAUUUCGAGUAGUGACGAGAGCAGCAGUAGUGAGGAGAGCUCGAGCGAGGAGGACGAUUCAAGUGAUGACUCUGCGUCGGAUUCGGGUUCUGCAUCGCCGAGCGCACAGAGUUCGGACUCUGAGAGCGACAGUGGCAGUGACAGUGGUUCGGGGAGCGAGGAAUCAGAUUCGAGUGAUAGCGACUAG